AUGGAUAAUUCUGGAAAAGGCAACAGUUUCACUUAUCACGACAUUCGCAAAAGUCAACCGCACACAACUGACGAGACAACCGUAGAAACGCAGGAAAAUGAAGCAACUGGACCAGACAUGGAUAUCGAGGUAGACAUUUACAAUGAGGACGUUGAUGAUUUCUAUAUCGAAGUAGUUGAACAACCAUCUGGUUUGAAGCUACCGAAAGCCGAUUCUCAUUGUGACCGCAAGAACAGAAAAAUGGAAAGAAUCGCCGGAAGUAUUUCCUCAGUAAAAGUUGAUGCUAUCGAGGUAGGAACGAGCGUUAUUCUCGCAACAUCGGAUAGAACACUCACACACCCCACAGUAGACAAAGCAGUAAAAAACGGAAUAGCAGAAGCUACUUUUCUUGGAGAUAUCUCCAUAGAAGCGUUGGUUGAAGGAAUGUUAGUACCAUCAGCUGCAGAUGGAAGAUUUGCAAUGCUGGGAACCUCCGUGAUGUGGAAUGCGUUGAAGUCAAACAUUCGCGACCUAAAAAGUUCUAUUUCGGAGCAAACAGCACAAUCAUUUCUGGAACCUAGAUUUGAUGGAAUCGACCUGCAACUCGCUAACGUUCCCAAUUAUGAGAGGAGUUAUAGAAUUCAAGCUGUUGGUGUGUUCUCAAACGCCGACCUCGGCUACGUCUACAGUCUAUUAAAAUUUCGAACAUCAGCAAAACUUCUGAAUAAAACCAAGCAGUUUCUGAAAGCUUACUUCAUCGUUGCUUGUCGUCCUCGUUGCAUGAUUUGGAGAUACACUUUACGAAGAUCUGGGAACAGUCACAAGAAAGCGAUUCUCAAUUUGCCUCAAGAGAUUAUUCAAACUGUUCUUACAUUUCUCAUUGAUUUGACGGGAAUCGGUGACGGCUCUAAACCGCUUGAAAGUCUUAACCGAUCUACGCCGUUCUAUCAUUCGCUCGGGGAGGAUGAAGCAGUUCGACAACAAAGAUACCAUGAAGCUUGUAAGCUAAAAGACUUACUGAUGUCGUUUUUCAGAGAAACCAUCACGGACUGUUUAAACGAGAUUCGAGAAAUGCCAUUCUGCCUGAAUACAGGAACCAUGAUAAGCCCACUUCGUGGUAGAUCUCAGAGAAAUGCAAGUGUCAUGUGGAAAGAUUAUGAAAGUUAUUUGAAAACGGAACAUGAUUUACCAUCCGAAGCAAACAUGAAAAAGCGAAUCGCGUUUGAACAAAAGCUGUGUGAUAUUGUUCCUCGUGGUAUCCAUGUAAUUCGUCGAUAA